AUGUGGAAGACCGCACAGGGGAGUAAGCCUUUUAUUACACUACUUGGAGAUCCUAAAGCCAUGCCCAUUUUGGCAUUUGGUGGCACCGCUCAUCAGUAUGGAACUCUUUACAGUGCCACUAUAGCCGUAGAGUCCGAAUAUUUUAUGGCCGUUAAUAUUAUUUUUAAGAAUACUGCACCAGGACCUAUUACGAAGAACCCGGGAGCUCAAGCAGUAGCAUUAAGAGUUAGUGGUGAUAAAGCAGCUUUCUAUAACUGCAAAAUGCUUGGAUUUCAAGACACAUUGUGUGAUGAUAACGGGCGCCACUUUUUCAAAAAUUGUUACAUUGAAGGCACUGUUGAUUUCAUUUUUGGAAAAGGAAGGUCACUUUAUUUGGAAUUACAAAUAAAUGUAAUAGAUAAUAAGGGAGUGACAUUCAUCACAGCACAUUCAAAGGAGAAGAAAUCAGACGUUGUUGGUUACUCAUUUGUGCAAUGCAAAAUAACCGGAAGUGCAUCCGGAGCAUAUCUGGGACGAGCAUGGAGAGCGAUGCCUGAGGUGGUCUUCUCUUAUACUGAAAUGGGUCGCGUUGUUAAUCCUCUUGGAUGGUCAAAUAAUAAUAAACCUGAGAGAGAAAGGACGGUUUUCUUUGCCGAAUACAAGAAUUCUGGACCUGGAUCAAAUUCUAAAAGACGUGUUAAAUUUGAUAAGCAGUUAACGGAUAAAGAAGCCAAAAACUUCCUUACCCUUGGUUAUAUUCAAGGUUCUAAAUGGUUGCUUCCACCUCCAAUAUAA